GUUGGGUUCAUUUGCAAUCCGAUUGGUGAUUUCAGUCUGCUCGUCCAUUGUUCCUUGCUGACUUCUUGAUUGGUCAAUGCUUCCUCGAAAGCUAAAAGGGGUUCAAGCGUAACAGCUCCUGAGGUUCUCCAUAUCCGGAAGCGUCCAACUUGACAGGACAGCCGAUUAAAACCAUCAUCGUCCUACUCCUUGCUGUCGACCCCAGCCUCAUUUCCCACUUUUAGACCAGUCCGAACCCUUCUUGACCGUCUACCUUGCACACCGCCAGUUUUUUCGAUUUCCAGUCACUCAAACAUGGCGAAAGCUUCAGCAAAAACCCCUGCUCCGCGCCGAUCUGCCCGUCUGUCGAAUUGUCUUACCAAGACUCCGCCUACCAGAAAGGACCUCGACCCAGAGUUCACUGAACCUAGCAGUGUUGAAUCCUGCGAUCUCAAGACUACCUCCAAGAACAAAAGGAAACGCCCCGCCGACAAUGAGGUACCAAGAUCCGUAGCCCAGGGCUCCAAAGCCAAAACGGCUCGCCGUGGCCAUUCAUUUCCCAUGAAGGCUGCCAAGGACGAGCAGCCGACCCGGGUUGCCAAACGCACUAAAUCUGUAUCAUCCCACUACUUUCAAGCUGACAAAUCAGAAACCGCAAAAGUGGGCAAGAGCUCUGAGCCUCUGAAAGACGCGGCAGACAGAGAUUCUUCUGACGAAAGCGAUGCGAAGAUUAUCAACAAAAUCAUCACAGCCAAGAAUAAGGGAAAAGCUCCCCAAACCGAGUCUCAAGCACACCACGACCCCGCUAGCGAUCAUACAAAGAUUGCCGAUCGGGUACCUGCAUCGAAAAAGGAAUUGAUCUCUUCCAUGGAACAUCAGAAAGCGUCAUCCCACACCCAGACCGCCAACACCUCCAAGUCCAAGGGGAAAGGAAAAGCGCGUCAAAUCGAUACUACGUCCGAAGAGGAGAGCGAAAGUGAUGAUCAAAUCGUCUUAGCACGUCCACGCCCCAACGGCAGAAAGUCGGCUACCCCUCGUUUCAAACCCGUAGAAAGCGAUGAGGACCCCUUGGAGAUAGAGACAGAAAUGGUCAAAGCUGCUAUCAAGCUUUCAAAGGAAGAAUCCAAGUCAACUGCUCCAAAUUCUACCUCCGCCUCUCGUCCAAUACGCUCCAGUUCCACCAAGGUGACAACAUCCAAGCAUCGAAACAUGCUAGCAGAGAUUGACAAGGAAGAUGAUCAAGACUCGGAUUUUGAAGUCAAGUUUGACCAAGACAACCGCUCUUCCCUUUCGACGCUCGACUCAGACUCUGAUAGCAGCGAAGAAAGUGACAGUGAUGCCGAUAUCCCUGGCCAUCAACCUACGAAGUCUGCUCAGACUACAGUUGCCCCCAAAAUUCGACGAACCCGUCGCUCUGUCAAGAUCCCCAAACACUUAACGUGGUGGCAAAGAAAUCAGAUGAAACUCGAGGCCCAUCAUCCGGAAUUGAUUAAUGUCUGGGGGGAUCUUGGUCAGAAGGUCGAAGUGGUUCAACCUUCGAAAGCUGAACAACCUGAUGGUCUUGAAUUGACGCUAUUACCAUUCCAGCUAGAAGGACUGUACUGGAUGAAAAAGCAAGAAACCGGGCCUUGGUCUGGCGGGGUACUUGCCGAUGAAAUGGGCAUGGGCAAAACGAUUCAAACGAUUGCACUGAUCCUCUCGGAUCGAGUUCCCGGCCAUCGGAAACAAACAUUAGUCAUCGCGCCUACCGUUGCCAUCAUGCAAUGGCGUAACGAGAUUGAGAAAUUUGCCAAGGGUCUCACCGUGAACGUUUGGCAUGGUGGAAACCGUUCGAAUGCCCAAGAGGAGAUGGAAAACUUCGAUGUCGUCUUGACUUCGUUUGCCGUCUUGGAAUCUGCCUUCAGAAGACAAAACUCCGGUUUCCGGCGCAAGGGACAAAUCAUCAAGGAAUCGUCUUUACUCCAUCAGAUCAAUUGGCACCGUGUUAUUCUAGACGAAGCCCAUAAUAUCAAGGAUCGAUCCUGUAAUACCGCCAAGGGAGCUUUUGAGUUGAAGGCCACAUACAGAUGGUGCUUGAGUGGAACACCACUCCAAAAUCGAGUCGGUGAACUUUACAGUUUGAUCAGAUUCCUAGGUGCCGACCCGUUCAGCUACUACUUUUGUAAACUUUGUGAUUGCAAAAGUUUACAUUGGAGCUUCUCGGACCGAAGGUCUUGCGAUCAAUGCAAGCAUUCACCCAUGCAACAUGUUUGUUUCUGGAACAACGAAAUCUUAAAGCCCGUUCAAAAGUAUGGCGCAUCCGUCGUUGGCAGUCAUGGUCACACCGCAUUCAACAAAUUGAAAGUAUUGCUCGAUCGAAUGAUGCUUCGACGAACCAAAUUGGAAAGGGCUGAUGACUUAGGGUUACCACCCAGAGCGGUUUUAGUCAGGCGUGAUUAUUUCACUGAAGAAGAGGAAGAGCUCUAUUCAAGCUUGUACAGUGACGUGACACGCAAGUUCAGUACGUACGCUGAUGCUGGCACAGUACUGAACAACUAUGGGAACAUCUUUCAGUUGAUCACCCGGAUGCGACAGAUGUCAAAUCACCCCGACCUUGUCUUGAAAUCUCGCGCUGCCCAGGCAGCAUUCAAGACCAUCGGCGAUGCAAACGCGCCCAACACAGACCUUAAUCAAUUGACUUCAAUACAAACAUGUCGUAUAUGUCUCGACGAAGCAGAAGACGCAAUCAUUAGUAAAUGUCGACACAUAUUUUGUCGCGAAUGUAUUCGACAAUAUCUAGAAACGGCUACCGAGCAGGAGCCCGAGUGUCCAGUUUGUCAUCUACCAAUUACCAUCGAUCUGUCCCAGGAUGCCCUGGAAGACGAAAAUAUGGGCUCUAAAGCCAGACAAGGCGUCCUAGACCGUUUAGAUCCUGGCAAGUGGAGAACUAGCACCAAGAUUGAGGCUCUAGUAGAAGAAUUGAGUAAACUCAAUCAAUCCGAUCAUACAAUCAAGUCCAUAGUAUUUUCACAAUUCACAGUAUUUUUAGAUCUAAUCGAAAGAAGGUUACAAUUGGCAGGAUUCAAAUUGGCCAGAUUGCAAGGAAACAUGACGCCUGAAGCGAGGAACCGAACGAUCCAAUACUUCAUGAACAACAACGAUGUCCAAGUAUUUUUAGUAUCACUUAAAGCCGGCGGUGUCGCCCUCAAUCUUACCGAGGCUUCCAGAGUUUUCAUUAUGGAUCCUUGGUGGAACCCAGCCGUUGAGCUCCAAGCUAUGGACAGAAUUCAUCGUUUAGGUCAACACCGGCCGGUCGUGGUGACCAGGUUGAUCAUCGAAAAUAGCAUCGAGUCUAGAAUUGUCGAGUUACAAAAGAAGAAGGAAGCUAUGACAGGAGCCGCCUUGGGUGAUGAUGAUCAAGCUUUAGGUAGAUUGACACCUGAGGAUCUCUCGUUCUUAUUCACCCUGUAGAUUGGUUGAGACUUGGGUACUGGGGAUUCCCAAUGUGUACUAAGUAUAUACACUCUUACCCUUGGAUCAAGGAAUGUAACAAGAACAGACAAGGACUUGUGAAUCAUUUUAGAAUUAACAUCAUAAGUAAAAUUACAAAGAACAAUUUACAUUAACCAUAAAAAAAAGGAAAAAUAAUAGAAGAAAAAAUAAUAGACAAUAUUAGAACACUGAAAACCAAAAAAGAGUCACAGGGGGAAACAAGUGUUGUGUAGUCCCAAUGUUUCCUU